UGUCUCUGUUUGCGUCCCUCCCAGGACUGGAGCGAGAGCCUGGCCCAGUGGGCUCAGGCCAGGGCCGCCCUCUGUGGCGCCCCGGCCCAGUGCCCUGUGUCUACCCCUGGGGCCGCCCCCCAAGUGGGCUGGAAUGUGCAGCUGCUGUCUGUGGGCUUAGCAUCCUUCGUCCACGUGGUGGGCCUGUGGUUCGCUGAGGGGCAGCAGUACAGCCACACAGCCGCAGAGUGUGCCCGAAAUGCCACCUGCACCCGCUACACUCAGCUCGUGUGGGCCACCUCAAGCCAGCUGGGCUGUGGACGGCAGCUCUGCUCUGGGGCCCAGAACAAGAUGGAAGCCUUCGUCUGCGCCUACUCUCCCGGAGGCAACUGGGAGGUGAACGGGAAGACAGUCGUCCCCUAUAAGAAGGGGGACUGGUGUUCGCUCUGCACAGCCCGCGUCUCGGGCUGCUUCAAAGCCUGGGACCACGCAGGGGGCCUCUGUGAAGUCCCCAGGAACCCGUGUCGCAUGAGCUGCCGGAACAAUGGACAUCUCAAUGUCAGCACCUGCCAGUGCCACUGCCCCCCUGGCUACACGGGCAGGUACUGCCAAGUGCGGUGCAGCGUGCAGUGCGUGCACGGCCGGUUCCGGGAGGAGGAGUGCUCCUGUGUCUGCAGCGUCGGCUAUGGGGGAGCCCGGUGUGCCACCAGGGUGCACUUUCCCUUCCACGCCUGUGACCUGAGGAUCGAUGGAGACUGCUUCACGGUAUCUUCGGAGACAGACACCUACUACAGGGCCAAGAUGACCUGCCAGAGAAAAGGCGGGGUGCUAGCCCAGAUUGAGAGCCAGAAAGUGCAGGACAUCCUCGCCUUCUACCUGAGCCGCCUGGAGACCACCAACGAGGUGACUGACAGAGACUUUGACACCAGAAACUUCUGGAUCGGGCUCACCUAUAAGACUGCUAAGGACUCCUUCCGCUGGACCACCGGGAAGCACCAGUCCUUCACCAGCUUCGCCUUUGGGCAGCCUGACAACCAGGGGUUUGGCAACUGCGUGGAGCUGCAGGCAUCGGCGGCCUUCAACUGGAACGACCAGCGCUGUAAAACCCGAAACCGUUACAUCUGCCAGUUUGCUCACGAGCACAUUUCCCGGUGGGACCCGGGGCCCUGAGGCUCAGGCCUGCCUCACCCCUGCCAGCGCCUGGAAGCACAGCCCUGCUUGCCUAUCUGUCCACCUGCCUGGGACAAGGGCCAGGCUGGGGCCACAAGCCCCAUACACCAAGAGUCUCAGACCUUGCAGGAAGUGGGGUAUGGGUACAAAUGAGGCCAAUGGGGAGUCUGGCAUGGGGGAGGGAGCCUUGGGCCCCCUCAGCCUGCUUUUCCUCGGGAAGAUGGAUCUCAACUAGGGCCAGCAGUCAGAAGAGACCACUCUCCUCCAUGUGGGCUGGACCCUCGGUGGCAGAUGGGGGGGAUCCUUGCUGCCCAGGAUGUACCCCCAAAAGGAUUAAACUAAAUUAUGAAUCA